AUGGAGGCGGAAGUUGCAGGUGUCCAAAAUCAAGGCUGGCGUAUGGACGGUGAUGGUGAUGUCACUACUCUGCCCAAUGAGGGAGAGAAGCAAGUGCGAGACACAGCGACAGGUGGAACAGUUUUUGAUAUCCUUCCAUGUAUAGUUCUGGGCUUAGUUUGAACUUUGAUCAAUUGAGUGGGUGAGAUUAUUGCAGGAUGCAUGAGAUCAAUGUCACUAAUUGAAACCAAAGUCGCAAGAAGACCACUCAGAUUAUUUAUUUAUUUUUUAAAGAAAUGGCAACAGAUUUACAUGUGAACGCUGUGUAUGAACGAUGUCUCAUGUCAUACUGAAUUGGUUAUGUUGUCUAUUUGUCUAUUUUUCAGAUGAUGAGUCUUCUAGGUUAGAGCAGGAACUCAAUGAAGUUAUUCUGCUCAUGGAUAACCAUGUAAGAGAAAUGUACAAUCUAAGACAGGUCUUGUUUUGUUCUCCUUCUCUCCCUGACUACUUAUUUUCUCUCCCUAUGUGUUUUCUCUAUAGGGGCUACAAGAUGAAUAUGUACAGUCUUUAGAUUGUCCACCACCUCCCACUUCUGGUUUUCUGGGAGUUCUUAGAUAUAAGAGGGAGUCCCAGGACCAAGCCCCAAACCCAAGGAAUGUCCUCCCAGAGGUACAACACUUUACCCAUCUGUCCACUACCACACCCUAAUCUCCCUCAUCUCUUCAUAGUCCAGUUUAUUAGUUCCAUGUGUCAGCCAGGGACUAAUGAUCGGAAUAUGAAAAGUCACAAAGGAUCGCCCUUCAAACCCAGCUCUUCUAUCUAGGAAGAUCUCUUCCACUCGGCAGGUAGCUUAGUGGGUAAGAGCGUUGUGCCAGUAACCGAAAGGUCGCUGGUUCUAAUCCCCGAGCCGACUAGGUGAAAAAUCUGUCGAUGUGCCCUUAAGCAAGGUACUUAACCCUAAUUGCUCCUGUAAGUCGCUCUGGAUAAGAGCGUCUGCUAAAUGACGUAAAUGUAAAAAUUCAACUGGCAUUGUGAUGUCCAGCAUUUGCAAGACCCUAGUAACUGUUAUGGUUUAAAAUACGUGCAAAGCACACCUGAAUAGUGAUGGGAAAUGUAUAACAGCUGUAAGUUUUAAGUGAUACGUUGGUGAUAUUUUUAUCCCUCCCCCCUGUAUGCAUGCACACACCCCUACUUCCAUUUUUUUUGUGACUACUGAACAAGCAAUGCCCUCCCCCACCCCUUCUGGUCCGACAGCAUUGUGAGAGGACCAUGGAGGUGGCUUUCUGAUACCUGAUGGGAAUAAAGAACACGCCCAUGCAACAGCACCCGAAGAGGAGGAGGAAUGCAGCCAGAACAAGAGGAAGGGGUGGAAAAGCAAAAAGGGACAAAUGAUGUUUAUGUCUAUGACCGUCCCCAAGUCAUUGCUGCCAUACAUAUUGAUCAUUUUAUCCUUUAAUGACGAUCUCACGCAUCCCCCGCCCCCAUAUCUUCUUAGUGCUGUGGCCCAGUUCCCAGCUUUGUGAGAUGUGGGAGGGGGCUUGCACUGCAGAGACCUGAUCGGGAGGAUGAUGCAACACUCCCACCUGACAAUCAGCCAACCAGAGAGGAGGAGGAGCUGCAGGCCCAGGCCAGGGACAGAGAGGAGCGCAGGUAUGAGGGGUCAUGGAUUAAAGGUCAAAAUAAGGGACAAAUGUGCAUCUGAUUCUCUGUCUAGGAAACUGGUGACCCUAAGGCAGCUUGCUGCCUAUAUAUUAUUGGAUCAUUGGUUAUCCUUACUAAUGGAUAAUCUGCAUCUGCUAUUAUUUUCUUAGUGUCUGACUCUCUAUUGUUCUCCAUGCUUUGGGAUUGGGAAGAAUAGUCUGAAAUCCCAUAAGCAUAAUCAGGUGUGCUUGAUUGAGCUUGCCUUGUGUGCCGGAUGGUGGAGUUUGAAUUUAGGACUAACAAAAUGGUUCCAAAAGUGUGAAGCCCAUCUCUCCUGAGUCCUGCACACAGAAUGACUGAAAUCCAGCACAUCACUAGCAAACUCCGCCUCUUCCUCCUCAGAAGCAGGAGCAAGAGCGAGAGAGACUCUACCAGGACACACAGUCAACCCUCCGAUCUGCAGAUACCUGUGAGUACGCAACAGUUUAUAAACACACAUUUAAAUAUGAGUCUGUUUUCUGUGGAAAUGAUCAAUUAAUCGCUUUAAGUUCAUUCAGGAUGUUCAUUUUUAUAUAUAUUUUUUAAAAGCCAUAUAUUUCCAUUAACUUUGAACUGAUGGAGUUGAAAUGUCAUUGACCUCUGUCUGCUCUGCUGUCCUGUUUCAUAGACACACCCCUCUCUAGGACCAUCAGCUACCAGCUGUCCACCUGUACAGCCAAAGAGGCACAGUGGACUGUUACACAACAUCCUGGGAUUGAGGAGGACCUGGAAAAAGAAAAUGGAGACCCCCUUUAUGACCAUGAGUCAUUUGAGUUUGGCAUUUCUCCACAUCAGGUACAAAUUAUGCAUACAAACAGUUAUCACCUGCAGCAUGGUCAAGCAAGUUCAUAUUUUCGACAGUUUACUAAACAACUGCUGAUUUAGAACCACAGAGUUACCGCAAGUCAGCACAAAGACACUGCCUCCACUAUUCCAGCACCAUUUCAACUUAAACAUUUAAAGACCAUCAAAUCAACAAGGCUAUAUAUGCUUAGUUUAAUAUACACACAAAAGAAAAACGUAAAGAUACCAAAAACAGUUUUGUCCAAUCAAUGUUGCUAAAUAUCAUGCGGCUGUCCAUGGUACUGAUUUCUGUGUGUGCGCGCUCACGCAAGUAAAACAAAACAUGCCAUCCUCCUCUCUUUCAUGUUGUCAAAACGGUCUAUGGCUCUGUCAUACGGUACACUUUUAGUUUUUGUUGUCAUAAGCUACCUAGCUAAAAUGCUUGCUAGCCUAACUUCCUUGCAUGGGCAACAAUGAGCCACUAAGUUAGCUAGCUAGUUAAUGUGAGCCUACUAGGCUACAUAUUGAGCUUCAAUUGUCUCAGGUCAGUGGCACAACAUAUGAAUUUAUGGUUAGAUCAGAAUCACAGUCAUAAUCAUUGGCUUGUACAGAGAAUUACGUCAAAACCACAAGUCCAAAUCCCCAUCUCCAUCCAUGGCUUAGGAAAGGGCAUCAACACAAGCAGACCAGAAACUGACAAGUUUUUCUGAAAAUCACGUUUUGCAAUGGAAGUGAUUUGAUUGGUCUGAAGCCAAAUCCAAACUGACCUCCCUUGGGGGGCGUUUUGUUGCACCAGGACAGCCCACAGUUGAGCUCAGCUCAACGCUGAUUGGCUAGUUCUUUUAUAGUUUUUUAUCAAGGAAGGCCAAACGCUUGUUGGCAUCAAUCAAUCAAAUGCUACGGCGGCAACAUGUUAUACUCUUUAGGUCCAGACAGCAUCAGAUACAUGGGCUACACAUACUAAGACAGAGGGGCGCUGUUUCCCUCGCUCAGAUGAUUUCUCUGGUGAGAUUCAGCCACUUGCAAAUUGAUGGAAAAUUAUGAAAACACAGAGAGAGACGAAAGAUCAAUUAUAAUUUGUAGAUGUUUUUUUAUUGGUCAAAUAUUUUUGGGAAGCCUGGCUUCCCUUGGCCCAUGAACACACGCCACUGGUGGUAACACCUGAAAAUACUUAUGAAUACAGGUUAUCUUAACUGAUAAAUGCGUUUUGUAUAUGGAUUGCAUUGGCAGGAUGGGGCACGAUUUCUGGAGAAGUAUUAUGCCUGUGGGAGCAAGUUUCUCACAGUCUUCCCAGAUGGUUCUGCCCAGGUUUUGUAUCCUUUCACAACAUAAGUAAACUCAUUGUUGGAGAUUUUAACUCUACGAUCAUGUAAUAAUCGGUAAUGCAUAUUUUGUUGUGGGUAUCGUCCAUCCUUAUCAUCAUGCCAAACAGCUAUCCCUCUGGCUUCUUGGCCCUGGUCAUAAUCUCUGAUGGAAGAGGAAGGGUAUGCAUUGUACACAAUGACCACUCCCUUGGGCAGCCAAUCAGGGCCCUGUUCCAAUCUGAUGGCAGGGCCACAUGUUACCACGGCAACGGUAAUGUCUGGUAAGACGGGGCCACUCUUUGUGAUUGGUUAUUGGUAAUAAAAAAGGUGUACUUAUUCAGGAAAAUGUCCUGGCCGUAACGUCACUAUGUCUGUAUCCCAGGCUGAGCUUGGACGCAUCAGGAGGUCAGUGUCUGAAUGAUGCGGGGGCCAGGAUCAGAAGGUGGAGUUGGAGAGGCCAAAGCCAGACGCCCACCCCCCUGCGGCCGGUCUUCCUGUCUUUAAACCGCAGCCUGGGGGUGAGGGUCCUGGGACAGGAACACGUGUUUGUCUCUUUCCUGGCUGGUGGCCAACAGGCCAAGUUCAGUGUGGGGGCCUGUGUCCAGGUAAGCAUACGCCAACUCACACUGACAAAUGUACUCAUUCAUAUACACCUGUCCACACCAACACAUGUCCUCUUAGAUGUAUUUGGGGGACUUUGAGCGGUUCUGGAUCGGUUCUGACUGACAUUUUGGUGUACAAAGUGCUCUGUGAACGUUGUAGGGUCCCAUGUCUUAUAGUGCAAGAAAGCCCCAUCUCUCUGCUCUCCUCUCCCACCGGGACUGACUUGAAAUGUCAGGUUUCAGACCCAACAUUUGCAUAGGCCGUGAUGUGUCACAUUUUCUGGCCUAUCCAGACAAAGGAACGAUUUCCUGUUUCUGUGAAACUCACAGCUGCACUUGCAAUAGAGCAUAUUAAACUGGAGAAUCUAGUGGAUGCAACAAUACUAGUUUUAUCUCGCUGUGAUAUUCUCAGACGGAUUUAGCUCUCAACAUUAAAAUAUAGUUAAAAAAUAUGAUUUAGUAAGAUCACUUUCUCUUAAUCACAGAAGGAGGAAAUCACUGAGUCCUUGAAGCUGAAGUUGUAACGAGUCAACACACAUUUCAAUGGGGUCUCUGUGGACGUUUAGGAGAAAAUUAUCUGUUGGCAGUUAUAGCAAAGAAAGAACAAUGAGCCAGAUGUUUCACUUGAUGUAUAAAUCUGAAGCAUCCAGUUGGCAUUUCCACUCACCACCAAAGACGGAGCGUGUGUCACGGUUUCGGCCGAGACUGCUCCUCCUCCUGGUUCGGGCAGGCUUCGGCGUUCGCCGUCCCCGGAGUACUAGCUGCCACCGUUGUAUGUUUCGUGGUGUGAUUGCUUUAGUCUGUCUUGUACACCUGUGUCUGUUUGUGUUCUGAUUACGUGUCCUAUAAGUUCCCUGUUUUGUAUUAGUUAGAUUGUGUGUUGUUGUUUGCCUGUCGUGCGGAGCUGCGUGUUGGCGCUCUGUUAGUUUUGUUUAUUGUUUUACGCAUGUUGCGUAAUUCCCUCGCCUCCGUUUGUUUUCGAGGUCGUGUAUUGUUUUUGUUGCACUUUGGACUAGUAAAGUCUUUUUGGACGAAUCCUCUGUGUCCUGGACCUGACUCCUCCACCACAUCCACAUCGGUUCUUUUGACAGAACAACACACCCUAACUAUGGAGUCAGCAGGAGCAGCGGCGGCACCCAAGUCGCUGGAAGAGCGGAUCAGCUAUCAAGACACCAUGAUCCGGCAACUUGGGGCCGCCAUGGACGAGGUGUCCAACACUCUGCGCCGGUUGGUGACUGGAGAGGUGCCUACGCCUUCUUACUCCAUCCCAUCACCAACGGCCAGUCCUCCUCUCUCAGCACCGGAACCCAGUGGCAUUCGGCUCUCGCUCCCGAGGGCAUAUGACGGUUCUGCAGCCGGGUGUCAGGGGUUCCUCCUGCAGGUGGAACUCUACCUGGCUACCAUACACCCAGCGCCCUCGGGAUACGAGAGCGUCUCCGCCCUCAUCUCCUGUCUAUCCGGCAAGGCGUUGGAGUGGGCCAACGCCGAAUGGAGGGGAAUAGACGCCGCUACCAUCACCUACGCGGAGUUCUCCCGCCGCUUCAGGGCUGUCUUCGAUCACCCACCGGAAGGGAAAGCGGCGGGGGAGCGUCUGUUCCACCUCCGACAGGGGAAGAGGAGCGCACAGGAGUUCGCACUGGAGUUCCGGACGCUAGAGGCGGAUGCGGGGUGGAAUGAGAGGGCCCUCAUCGACCAUUACCGGUGCAGCCUACGAGAGGACGUUCGUCGUGAGCUGGCCUGCAGGGACACCAACCUAUCAUUCGACCAGUUGGUGGACAUCUCCAUACGUCUCGACACCCUGCUGGCUACCCGCGGACGUCCCGAGUGGGUGCCGACCAUUCCACCCUCCAGCACCUCCGAGCCGAUUCCCAUGGAGCUCGGGGGUGCUGGCGCUAGAGAGAGGAGGAGAGAGAACCCGAGGGGGGCCACCCCCUGCACCAACUGUGGCCGUGGAGGACACACCGCGGCCAGGUGCUGGGGAGGGUCUCCUGGGAGAGGGGACAACUGGUCACGCACUGGGGAGUCAUUUCAGGUGAGUAGGCGCCCCACUUACCCAGAGCUUUCUGUUGGUCACAUGAGUAUUCCUGUGAGAUUUCCACAGGUGGCACCUCAUUCCCAGCAUAAGGCGCUAGUAGAUUCAGGCGCAGCUGGGAAUUUUAUUGAUCGGGCAUUUUGUUAUAGGUUUGGAAUUCCCCUUCGGCCGGUAGAAGCCCCCUUUCCUGUCCACGCCUUAGACAGCCGGCCGUUGGGGUCGGUGCUGAUCAGAGAAGUCACAGCACCACUUACUAUGACGACGCAGGGGGGUCAUGAGGAGAUCAUUCAGUUUUAUCUGAUUGACUCUCCUGCGUACCCCGUGGUGUUGGGGCUUCCCUGGUUAAGCACCCAUGAUCCUACCAUUGCGUGGCAACAGAGGGCUCUUAUGGAGUGGUCUGCCCAGUGUGUAGGGAGAUGUCUAGGUGUUUCCUUAGGGGCGACCUCGGUUGAGAGUCCGAACCAAGUGCCCGCACUGCGCAUUCCCCCUGAGUAUGAGGACUUAGCACUCGUGUUCAGCAAGACGAGGGCAACACGGCUACCACCUCAUAGACAGGGGGACUGUGCGAUAAAUCUCCAAACAGGAGCGGCUCUUCCGCGGAGCCGUGUGUAUCCCCUGUCUCAAGAGGAGACAGCGGCUAUGGAGACUUACAUAGCCGAGUCCUUGGCACAGGGAUACAUACGGUCCUCCACUUCCCCGGUUUCCUCGAGUUUCUUCUUUGUGAAGAAGAAGGACGGGGGUUUGCGCCCGUGUAUUGAUUACCGUAGUCUCAAUCAGAUCACGGUUAAGUACAGUUACCCUCUUCCACUGAUUGCGACUAUGACGGAGUCAUUACGCGGAGCGCAGUUCUUCACAAAGUUGGAUCUCAGGAGCGCGUACAAUCUGGUGCGCAUUAGGGAGGGGGAUGAAUGGAAAACGGCAUUUAGCACCACCUCGGGUCAUUACGAGUAUCUCGUCAUGCCAUACGGGCUAAUGAAUGCUCCUUCAGUCUUCCAAUCCUUUGUUGACGAGAUUUUCCGGGACAUGCAUGGGCAGGGUGUGGUAGUGUACAUCGACGACAUCCUAGUGUACUCUUCUACACGAGCCGAGCAUGUAGCCCUGGUGCGCCGAGUGUUGAGAAGACUGUUGGAGCAUGACUUGUAUGUCAAGGCAGAGAAAUGCCUGUUCUUCCAGGAGUCCGUCUCCUUUUUGGGUUAUCGGUUGUCCGCGUCUGGUGUGGAGAUAGAGGUAGACCGUGUGUCGGCCGUGCGUAAUUGGAAAACUCCAACCACUGUAAAAGAGGUGCAGCAGUUCUUGGGUUUUGCUAAUUACUACCGGAGGUUUAUUCGGGGCUUUGGACAGGUUGCAGCGCCCAUUACGUCCCUGUUAAAGGGGGGUCCGGUUCGUCUGCAGUGGUCAGCUGAGGCGGACAGGGCAUUUGUCAAACUGAAGAACCUGUUCACCUCGGCCCCGGUGCUGGCGCAUCCGGAUCCCUCUUUCUCUUUACCAUUCCAAGUAGAGGUAGACGCGUCCGAGACCGGUAUUGGGGCAGUCCUGUCACAACGGUCCGGCACGCCACCUAAGCUCCGCCCCUGUGCGUUCUACUCUAAGAAACUCAGCUCGGCGGAGCGCAAUUAUGACGUUGGGGACAGGGAGCUGUUAGCUGUAGUCCAGGCCCUAAAGGUGUGGAGGCAUUGGCUUGAGGGGGCUCAACACCCUUUCCUCAUUCUGACCGAUCACCGUAACCUGGAGUACAUCCGGGCAGCUAGGAGAUUGAACCCUCGUCAGGCUAGGUGGAACAUGUUCCUGACCCGGUUUGUUUUUAAGAUCACAUACAUCCCAGGGACCCAGAACGGUAAGGCAGACGCCCUGUCCCGGCGGUAUGACACAGAGGAGAGGUCCAUUGAGCCCACUUCCAUACUGCCGGAGUCUUGUCUGGUGGCUCCGGUGGUAUGGGAGGUCGAUACGGAAAUCGAGCGGGCACUGCGUGCCGACCCUACUCCCCCCGAGUGUCCUGUGGGGCGGAAGUACGUUCCGCUCGAGGUUCGUGAUCGUCUUAUUUAUUGGGCUCAUACAUCACCCUCCUCUGGACAUCCAGGUAUUGGCCGGACAGUGCACUGCCUUAGCGUGAAAUACUGGUGGCCAACGUUAGCUAAGGAUGUGAGGGUUUAUGUCUCCUCCUGCUCGGUGUGCGCCCAGUGUAAGGCGCCUAGACAUUUGCCCAGGGGUAAGUUACAUCCCCUGCCCGUUCCACAACGACCAUGGUCCCACCUCUCGGUGGAUUUUGUGACCGACCUACCCCCUUCCCAGGGGAAUACCACCAUUUUGGUCGUUGUGGAUCGGUUUUCCAAGGCCUGUCGUCUCCUCCCAAUGCCGGGUCUCCCUACUGCCCUACAGACCGCCGAGGCCCUAUUUACCCACGUGUUCCGGCACUAUGGGGUCCCCGAGGAUAUUGUGUCUGACCGAGGUCCCCAGUUUACCUCCAGAGUCUGGGGGGCGUUCAUGGAACGCUUGGGGGUCUCGGUGAGCCUUACCUCGGGGUACCACCCAGAGAGCAAUGGGUAGGUUGAACGAGUCAACCAGGAUGUGGGUAGGUUUUUGAGGUCCUAUUGCCGGGACCGGCCGGAGGAGUGGUCCAGGUAUAUCCCCUGGGCCGAGAUGGCCCAGAACUCUCUCCGCCACUCCUCCACUGGGUUAACACCUUUCCAGUGUGUUUUAGGGUAUCAGCCGGUCCUGGCACCGUGGCACGAGAGCCAGAUCGAGGCCCCUGCGGUGGACGAGUGGAUUCGGCGCUCGGAGGAGACGUGGGACGCUGCCCAUGUCCAUCUGCAGCGGGCCAUCCGUCAACAAAAGGCGAGCGCCGAUCGCCACCGCAGUGAGGGACCGGUGUACGCACCGGGAGAUCGAGUCUGGCUCUCGACUCGAAACCUGCCCCUCCGCCUGCCCUGCCGGAAGCUGGGUCGGCGGUUUGUGGGGCCCUUCAAAGUCCUGAGAAGAUUGAACGAGGUGUGUUACAGGUUACAACUGCCUAUUGAAUACAAAAAUAUUAACCCCUCGUUCCAUGUGUCUCUUCUCAGGCCGGUGGUAGCUGGCCCACUCCAAGAAGAUGAGAUAGGAGAGACCCCUCCGCCCCCUUUGGACAUCGAGGGGGCCCCGGCGUACAGGGUCCGGACCAUCUUGGACUCGAGGCGCCGGAUGAGUGGUCUCCAGUAUCUCGUGGAGUGGGAGGGGUACGGUCCGGAGGAACGGUGCUGGGUGCCUAGGAGGGACAUCCUCGAUCCAUCCCUCCUGACUGAGUUCCGCCGUGGGCAUCCCACGCGCCCGGGUCCGCGUCCUCCUGGCCGUCCCCGAGGCCGGGGUCGGCGCACGGCUGGAGCCGCGCGUCAAGGGGGGGGUACUGUUACGGUUUCGGCCGAGACUGCUUCUCCUCCUGGUUCGGGCAGGCUUCGGCGUUCACCGUCCCCGGAGUACUAGCUGCCACCGUUGUAUGUUUCGUGGUGUGAUUGCUUUAGUCUGUCUUGUACACCUGUGUCUGUUUGUGUUCUGAUUACGUGUCCUAUAAGUUCCCUGUUUUGUAUUAGUUCGAUUGUGUGUUGUUGUUUGCCUGUCGUGCGGAGCUGCGUGUUUGCGCUCUGUUAGUUUUGUUUAUUGUUUUACGCAUGUUGCGUAAUUCCCUCGCCUCCGUUUGUUUUCGAGGUCGUGUAUUGUUUUUGUUGCACUUUGGACUAGUAAAGUCUUUUUGGACGAAUCCUCUGUGUCCUGCGCCUGACUCCUCCACCACAUCCACAUCGGUUCUUUUGACAGCGUGAUGGAUUUUGUCCAACAUUCUGCUAAUUUUAUCAUUGAUGAAACAUUUGAUCUUAAUACAGUUUUCUGUUCCUAAAACUAGAAUAUGUUAAGAACAGAGUGCACUAAGCUUUGUAGACUUUACCCUUUGCCAAAGUUUCUAAAAAUUGCGUUGUUUAGGAGUGGAAGGGCGAAUUGAGUUAUUGCACAUGCACACUUCAGAGUAGGCGUUCUCUAAUGGAAAUAUGCAAAUACAUGCUAGAAUACGCUUGGCUCUGCCCACCUCCUUGCUUGUUCUGUCCACUAUGAUUAAUUUGCUCCCAUUGCGGUCUAUCUUGGGUUAGUUAUAAAAAAUAUUUGGUUAUAUGAAAUAGUGCUAAUAUUGUACUGUCACUAGGUAUGACCAUAUUUAUUUUACAGUUAUAUGAAAUCUUAUAAUAAGUAAUUUAUAAUUUGAUUGUUACUAUAUUUAAAAGCAUUUCAGUCAUUUCAAGCGCUAUUGCCCCACUUUUGUUGAAUAGGAAAAAUAUAUAUAUGAUUUUUCAUAAUAUUUGUACUAUGUACUUGAGCUCAAAAGUGAGUACAUCUCAGCAAUUUAUAACAAUUUUUACCAGAAAUGUUGAGAGUCUAUUUAAGUGGAAAUCAACAUUUUGCCCUGUCAUUCAACUAGAAAUCUUUAUAAAAUCAUUUUUUAAAAUUAUUAUUCUUAUUCUUAACAGCCAGUGUCUCGGGGGAUCAUUCAGGCUCCAGGUCCAUCCAUAUCCAAGGAGGAGUUGAUUCUGUUGGCUGGACGGAUAAGGGUCCAUCAGGUCAUUAGGUAUCUCCACCACUGCCUGCGCUCCCCCUCCAACCCAAGGCCUCUGAGGGCUGUACUAGCCCCCCGCCUCGUCUUUCUGGCCAAGAGGUUACUGGACUUGAGUUUCUCCCAUCGGCUUGAGGAGAGUGAGAAGGCCUUUGUCCACAGGUGUCUCCAGGAUUGCCUGUGA